GCGGUGUAAUCGCGUUGCCUGACGCUCGCUGGGAUGUAGGAGGCUGGCAAUGGCGGAGAGCAAGGCAGCCUGAGCUGUGAUGCCGGCCCCUGGCAGGGCAUGGAGUGAAUGAAGGAGCAGAGGCAGCAGAAGGGGCUGGAGGAGGAGGAGGAGGAGGAGGAGGAAGAAGGGGGCAGGGGCAGACCAGCUUUGCUCCGGCCUUUGCAGCUGUCCUGGGCGAGCCGGGGACGGGGCAGGCGCCUGGUAGCUGCAGGCAGUAGGCAGCGAUGGAAGGCUCCCCGGACAGCCCGAACCGAGCGGUGGAGUAUCUGCUGGAACUCAACAACAUCAUCGAGACCCAACAGAAGCUGCUGGAGAACCAGAGGCGCCGCAUCGAGGAGCUGGAGGAGCAGCUGGAGCGCCUGAGCCGGGAGAACCGCAGCCUCCGGCAAGGGGGCGGCGGGGAGGCGGUGGGAGGCAGCACCCGGAGCGCAGCCAGCGGCGGGGCUGCUACUCCUGGGCCAGAGCGAGCCAGUGCCACCGGGGCAGGAGCUGCCAGCCCGGGCACCUCCGCUCCCACGGCCUCAUCGUCCACAUCGGCGGCUGCUGCUGCCAACGUCCCCCCCUCCGGCCAGUCCACCAGGGGGGGCAUCACCAGCAGUGCCCACCCGCCGGACGGUGCCGUCAGCCCGCAGCGGAGCAAGGCAGAGGCGGAGAACUCGAGGACUGUCAGUUUGGAGGCCGAUACGCAGAGCAGCGAAGCGGGCACCAUCGUGGAUAGCCCCUGUAGUCAGGGCCCUUACCGCUGUCAGCCUGAGUUCAGGCAGGAGUCUUACGAAUUACCAACCAGUCGAAGCCAUAGCACCGAGCUCCAGUGGGCACAGAGAGCUCGGCACCAGCCGGCCAGCUUGGCAUUGCGCAAGCAGGAGGAGGAAGAUGCCAGCAAACGACCUAAAUCACUCUCGGACAGCUACGAACUCUCCACAGAUCUGCAGGAUAAGAAGGUCGAGAUGCUCGAGCGGAAAUACGGAGGCUACUUUCUGAGCCGGCGAGCGGCCCGCACUAUCCAGACCGCCUUCCGUCAGUAUCGCAUGAACAAGAACUUUGAGCGUCUGCGCAGCUCCCUGUCGGAGAGUCGCAUGUCUCGGCGCAUUGUGCUGUCCAACAUGCGCAUGCAGUACUCCUUCGAGGAGUACGAGAAGGGUCACGGCGCCAGUUUUGAAAGCAAGCAGGCGUCAGUUCGAUCGGAGCAGACAGGCCUGGGGUCCCGGACCCACUCGGAGCGCAGCGACCAGUUUGGGGGCUUAGAUGUGGAGUCGACCACUGCCUCCAGUGAUUUCACCAAUGAGAUCACAGAGCUGGAGGAUAGCUUCUCGAAGCAGGUCCGCACUCUGGCUGAAUCCAUUGACGACGCACUGGGCUGCCGCCCUGUGCCCCCGGGCACCGCUGCAGGUGACGAGGGAGAUUCCUUUGACAGCCGGAGCUGUGAAGCCCGACAGGGGAAGAAUGAGGACUCAGCCACCACCUACAGUGACACGACCCUUUACAUCGAUGAGGGAGACGCACCACACUCGGCACCCGCCUCUCCCCUUUCCUCGGAGCGGGCACCCAGCUCGGAGCAGGAGCUUCACCCCCACCAUCACCCUCACCACCACAGUCACCCCCACCCGCACCACCGCCCAGCGGGCCCGGGCGUGCCCGAGUACUGGGGGAGGGAGGCGGACGGUGGGCGGAGAGUGCCAGGAUGCGUGGAAUGCCGGGAUUAUCGGCGGCGAGCUGCGCACCUGCCCCUGCUGACCAUCGAGCCGCCCAGCGACAGCUCGGUGGACAUGAGUGACCGCUCGGACCGCGGCUCCCUCAGCCGCCAGCUGGUGUACGAGCAGGAGCCGCCACCCCCACCCCCGCCGCCCCCAAAGUCCGCCCCGGUCCCCAUCCCAGUGCCGGUUCCCCUCCCCGUCCACCGGUCGGCCCCUCCCCCGGCCCCUGCCACUGCCCCACCCCCUCCACCACCUCCGCCCCCUCCCCCGCCGCUGCCCCCUUCCCGCUCGCCCCUACCCCUGCGGCCAAUGGCUAACAGCGAUGGACGGAAUGGCAAGACGGAGGUGGAGCUUUCGGAUGCGGACAACGACAGCCUGAACUCCAGCGUGAACUCCAAUGAGACCAUCAACUGCAGCACAGGCUCCUCAUCCCGGGACAGCCUGAGGGAGCAGACAUUGUGCAAACAGACCUACCACAAGGAGACCCGUCACAGCUGGGACUCACCAGCUCUCAACAACGAUGUGAUGCAGCGUCGUCAGUAUCGCAUUGGCCUUAACCUCUUCAACAAGAAGCCAGAAAAGGGGAUCCAGUAUUUGAUCGAGCGCGGUUUUGUAGCAGACACACCAAUCGGCGUUGCACGCUUCAUCCUGGAACGGAAGGGAUUGAGCCGGCAGAUGAUCGGGGAAUUCCUGGGGAACCGGCAGAAGCAAUUCAACCGGGACGUGCUGGAUUGUGUGGUGGAUGAGAUGGAUUUCGGGGGAAUGGAGUUGGACGAGGCCCUUCGCAAGUUCCAGGCCCAUAUCCGGGUUCAGGGGGAGGCCCAGAAGGUGGAGAGGCUGAUCGAAUCUUUCAGCCAACGCUACUGCAUCUGUAACCCUGCACUAGUGAGGCAGUUCCGUAACCCAGACACCAUCUUCAUCCUGGCGUUCGCCAUCAUCCUGCUCAACACGGACAUGUACAGCCCUAACGUGAAGCCUGAACGUAAAAUGAAGCUGGAUGAUUUCAUCAAGAACCUUCGAGGGGUGGACAAUGGGGAGGACAUCCCAAGGGACAUGCUGGUUGGAAUAUACCAUCGGAUCCAGAAACGGGAGCUGAGGACCAAUGAUGAUCAUGUGUCCCAGGUUCAAGCAGUGGAAAGGCUGAUCGUGGGCAAGAAACCGGUUCUGUCCUUACCCCAUCGCCGGCUGGUAUGCUGCUGCCGUCUUUAUGAGGUUCCUGACCCGAACCGCCCACAGAAGCAGGGUCUCCAUCAACGAGAGGUCUUUCUCUUCAACGACCUCCUUGUGGUCACUAAAGUUUUUCAGAAGAAGAAGAUCUCAGUGACGUACAGUUUCCGCCAGUCCUUUGCACUGCAUGAGAUGAAAGUUAAUCUGUUUCAAAACGCCUAUUACCCCCAUGGCAUCAAGCUGGCCUCCUCGAUCCCCAGUGCAGAAAAGAAGAUCCUCAUCAUCUUUAACGCACCCAGUGUGCAGGAUCGGACGAGAUUUGCCAGCGAUUUGCGCGAGUCUGUUGCUGAGGUCCAGGAGAUGGAGAAAUAUCGGGUUGAAUCGGAGCUGGAGAAGCAGAAGGGUGUCAUCCGUGCCACCAUGUUGCAGAGUGCCAGCCUGAAGAAGGAUGCUGUGAAUGGUACUCUCACCAGCCUGGACGAUACCUAUGCCAUGGGCGAGGGCCUGAAACGGAGCGCUCUCAGCAGCUCCCUGCGGGACCUUUCUGAUGCAGGGAAACGGGGACGCCGAAACAGUGUGGGAUCGCUCGACAGCACCAUUGAAGGGUCCAUCAUUAGCAGUCCCCGAGUGCCGCCAAGGCCUGUGCCCAUCCAAGAGGAUUCCACCAUGAGGCCUCACCGACAGCUCUCCAACUCUACCUCCUUCCUAGGCUCCCUGUUUGGGAGCAGGCGGGGCAAGCAGGGAGCACACGCACACUUGCUGGCUGGGGGAGGGCAGUCCUCUGCCACCUCCUCCUCCUACCAGGCUGCCUACCAGCUUCAGAGUGGGCAGUCCGAGGUCCCCUCCAAGAUCCAGGUGCUGCAUGCUCAGUACUGCCAGCCCCCGCCACCUUAUUAUUAUCACCAUCGCUUCCACUCACAGCCGACCCUGCCCCAUGCCAACGUCACACUCCAGCGCCAGUGCAGACAGAGACCCAAUCUACCACCCCUACUCCCCCGUGCCCCCAUGACCCACACCAUUCGUCCUCCAGUCAGCUCUCCCCAGUCACCCCUGGCCCCUCACCAGCUCCCCGCCUACGCUAUGGCACAGUACGGACAGGCACAACAGCACCCCGGAGCAAUGCCAGGGCAGCUGCAGAAGCAGUACCACCCAGGGGGGCAGCACACCCUGCACCAUGGGGGGACAGCACCCGCGCAGCACACGCUAGCUGGGCACACCCUCAAGCAGCACCCUCUGGCACAUCACACGCUGCAGCACGCCCUGCAGCAGCAACAGCAUGCACAGCAACAUGCGUUGCAGCAGCAGCAUGCGUUGCAGCAACAGCAUGCGUUGCAGCAACAGCAUGCACAGCAGCAUGCGUUGCAGCAACAGCAUGUGUUGCAGCAACAGCAUGCGUUGCAGCAACAGCAUGCACAGCAGCAUGCAUUGCAGCAGCAUGCACAGCAGCAACAGCAUGCACAGCAGCAUGCACUGCAGCAGCAUGCACAGCAGCAUGCACUGCAGCAGCAGCAUGCACAGCAGCAUGCACUGCAGCAGCAGCAUGCACAGCAGCAUGCACUGCAGCAGCAGCAUGCACAGCAGCAUGCACUGCAGCAGCAGCAUGCACAGCAGCAUGCACUGCAGCAGCAGCAUGCACAGCAGCAUGCAUUACAGCAGCAGCAUGCACAGCAGCACACACAGCAACAGCAGCAUGGACUGCCACCCCAGCUCUCCCCUCACUCGCCCCUCUCACCCCUCACUCCACACUCGCCCCUCACUCCCCUCACACCCCUGACACCCCUCACCCCGCAGUCCCCCCACUCCCCCUACUCGCCACUGCUGCCCCUCUCGCCCCUGCCUCCUCACCCACACCCUCAGCAGACCCUGGUCGGGCCCCCGAGCAGUCAGGUCUCCACUGGGGUCAAGGCCAAACCUGCCAACCGGAUCAGCACAGUGGUGUGAACGGAGCAGCUCUGGGAGGGGGCUGGCCAGGGACCAAGCUGCUGGGGUCUGACAGUGGUGGGGUCGGGUGGGGGGGGGC